GUUGCCGAAAGCGGGGCCACUUUAAUCCUUCGUAUUCCUUACGAUCAUCGAUUGUGGCGUCGCCGCAUCCAGUCGUCGUCGACUCGAGGGCUAAUCACACGCGUAGCUCAGCUGUUACAAGCUACAGCGACAAAAUGGAGCAGAAGAGACUGUACAAGCUCGUGCUCACGGGAGGACCAUGCGGAGGCAAAACUACCGGACAGACCCGGCUGUGCACGUUUUUUGAGAACCUGGGAUGGAAGGUGUUCCGUGUCCCCGAGACAGCGACCGUGCUGCUCAGUGGCGGUAUCAAAUUUUCAGACCUGAAUGCAGAGCAGGCUGAACCGCUGGUCGAAGAUUGGAAGAGUUCGGCGAGAACCGGAAUAAAGUGGCCGAUGUUCCUUUCGGUUGGUUCUUACGAGGCAUUCAAAUUUCAAGAGAACUUGCUGAAAACGAUGCUCCAGAUUGAGAACUGCUUCUUUCAACUUGGCGAAAGCCUGUCAAGAAAUUGCCUUAUUAUCUGUGAUCGUGGUGCCAUGGACGCCUCUGCAUUUAUUUCGAAAGAGAAGUGGGAGCUGAUGAUGGCAUUGAACAACUGGAACAACGUGGAACUGCGCGACAAUCGCUACAACCAGAUAAUCCACAUGGUGUCGGCAGCCAACGGUGCCGAAGACUUUUACUCGACAGAAGAUCACGCGUGUCGAUCCGAGGGUAUCGAGCUGGCACGCGACCUGGACUACAAAGCCGCCUCGGCUUGGGUCGGCCACCCCUACUUCGACGUGAUCGACAACUCGCAGGAUUUCGAGAGCAAGAUCUGUCGGAUGAUCGAGGCCGUCUGUCAGAAGCUCGGCAUCGACACCGGUGAUCGACUCGCGGCCAGUAGUCGCAAGGUCAAGUUUCUCGUCAAAGGACCAUUGCCACCCGAUACUGCCUUUCCGCCCUUUCAAGAUUUCGAUGUCGUGCAUAAUUAUCUGCAGAGCAACAAUCCCAAGACCCAGGCCAGGCUCCGGAAGCGCGGACAGAAAGGCCACUGGUCUUAUAUUCACACUCUCAGGCGGCCGAAGAUGUGCGGUCAAGUAAUCGAGGUCAAGACACAGCUGACACACAGAGACUACUUGAACAUGCUGGCUCAGCGUGACGAUUCGCACUUCACUAUUUUCAAGCACCGUCGCUGCUUCCUCAUUAACAACCAGUAUUUCCAGUUGGACAUAUACCGAGAACCUGCUCAUCCUAGGUGCAAAGGCUUGAUGCUGCUCGAGACUUACACUGCGUUGCCAAGUGACAAACUAAACACGAUACUGCCUCAGUUUUUGACGAUUGAGAAAGAAGUUACCGGUACACCCGAAUACAGCAUGUUCAACUUAAGCUUACGCGAGGACUGGACCAAAACCAACAAGUACUGUCACAACUUUAAUGGUUCAGUCAGCACGCCGAAAACCAAUCAUCUAAGUGACAUUAAAAAUCCACUAACUAAAAACGGAAUAGACGCGAUUGGCACGAGUAUAGCCAAGCAAAAUGGAACAAUUAACGGAGUCCAUCACGACGCGACUAUCUGCAAAAAUGGGACGGCUAAAUCAUUAGAGAACGGCCAGCCAAACGGUAAAGUUGAAGCUAAGUGCAGUCUGAAGAGUGAUGCAAUCACGGAAAACAAAGUGAACGGAAAGAUCAAUGAAAUGAAUCAUCAUCAAAAGGAUCUUAUUAAUGGCGUAAAUUAACGAUCGCAUUACAAUUAUACCUCGUGAAUUAUUUCUGCAAUAAUAUAGGUUUCAUUAAAAAAAAGCGUGUUAAAUACUGACUAAUUUCAAUCGCUAGUUCAAUCAUUGAAGUACAUAAGUCGAAAAGACAGAAAAAAAUCAUUGUAGAUAAUAAGAAAUUGAUUUUUUAAUCCGUUCUGCACGUUAUAGCGACGUCCCGCCAAUUUUACUGCAGUAUUAGUGCGAGUGUAGGACACUGGUAGAUAUAAAAUAAUUUUUGUAAUCUUUUGCCAUGGAUUUUAGUUCAAUGCUCUAGAUUGUCCUCAUUUUUAUUAAUUUUAGCUAAGCAGCGAGACAAAAAUCAUUGAAAUCAAUUUAUAGAAAUGUUCCUAAGGCUAUAGCAGAUCAUUACUUGCAUUACGUGUAAAUUAAUAUUUUUAAAAUAUAAGAGCGACGUCGUUUUUAGCUCCUUUGAUUCAGGAGAAUCCAAAAUAAAUGAAUUGAAAGAAAAUCAGUUAGUAACUAAAAAUACUAUUGUCAAAAUAAUUAAUUUAUGAAAAAAUACUUUUUAGGCGCAGAUGAUAGCUAAUGAAUGCGUAAAUUCACAUCUAUAUUAAAGUAUUUUACUAACGUAGAAACGUCAAUAGAAAGUUAAAAUGAGUAAAAAUUUAGAAUUAGCAUAUCACAUGCUCCAGCCAUGUCAUUUGUUUUUCAUGUGACUUUUCGAUUUAUUUCUAUGUAGUAUGUUAAUGUGAUUAGAAAAAACAAUCACACUAGCGAGGAUUAUUGACCGCUGAAACAUGGAAGAUGCAUGUUGAAUAGGACUAAAUUUUCUAGUUUUAACAAUGAUAAGUCAUGAAAUUUAGCAUAUACUUGUGAUAUAUAUUUUAUGAAAAAAUAGCGUGACUUAAUUGAAAAUCAACUUUCAUAUCUUAUUAUUUGGAAUCGUUUUCAUUAAUUUCAAACAAAGUUCAAUGUUAAUGUGUCAAAGAAGUAAUGGACUGUCAAAUCUGAAUUGUUAAAAUUUCAAAAAACUUUUUACAUCCAAAUUUUAUUCAAUAUAAGUUUGGAAGGAUUAUUAAUUGUAUAUUUAUCAAACCAAAUAAUUUUUAUAAGAGUAGAAUACAGAUCAAUUUUUUUUUGGUAAUUGCAACAGUUAAUCUGUGUUUAUGGUAAUUUCUACCUCAAAUAUUUUUUAUGAACUGUGUGGCAACAAUGACAAAUGAAAAAUAAAACUUUCUAUGAACUUUCCUGUUAUAAUAUGAACAAAAUAGACCAAGAGUUUUGAAAUAAAAAUUUCACUUAGGUGUACUUAAUAAUUCUGUAUUUCAAUGUCCUGAUCUAUUCAAUAUCAAAUUUUGUGUAAAAACAAAAUCUUUAAUAGAACUGAAAAUGUUUAAAUCGAAGUACUACUCCUACCUUUGAGCUUGCUUAGAUCAAAUGGUCAUAAUGCAAGUGUCUUCAAAUAGAAUAUCUUAUUUAAAAUUUUGCAUUGUGUAAUUAUUUAUGUACUUAUUGUAUAUUAAAUACACAGUAAAUUUUAUUACUUUGUGUAUUUAAUAAAUGAAUAAAUUACAAACGCGAUCAUAUCAUGAAACCUGAAGACAGUAACUUCAAUUGUACUUUCCACACAUCAAUUGGCAGAAACAUUUUUUACAACACCUCAGACUGACAUAUUUCUGGAGGCAAUUUUCAAAACUAAAUCGAUUUUUACUGAAACUUGCAAACUGAAAAAAGUUUUUACUCGAAGAAUCUUUAAUUUCAUAGAGUCAUAUAUGUGACUUAAAGCAACUUUUUAUAUAUCGUUGAAAACAAAAUGAGUUAUUUUUUCUUUCAAACUCAUUGCUGCCGCGAGUGAAAGUUUGCUAUCUUAUAAAAAAAGAAGUUUCAAUUCAAUUUUUGUUAAUUGAAACGAUAAAUGCCACUUGUUAAUGGCCAUUUGAAAAAUGUGCUGUGAUUACUUUCAUAACAAUUAUUAAAUAGUGUUUUAAGAGAGAAUUACACAUACACAGUGUGAAACCAAAAAAAUAUCUUCUGUAUAGCGUUUUUUCUGUGAUGACUCAAUCUGAUGUAUGAUAAAUAAUAAACUAUCACAGACCCUUUAACUUCUGGCAAGGACAACUGAUGAAGUGCCUGUGAAGCAAAGAAAAAUGAAAGAAAGAAAAACCAAUAUAUUUUCAAUGAAUGUUGCAAUGGAAAUACUUGUCAAAAGUAUGUACAUACAUAGUGGUGCAUACAAUCUAACUUUAUAUUGUAAUUAUAGUCAUUAAUAAAGUGUCGUUUGU